AUGUUGAGCCGACUCUCCAGCAAAAAUGCCUCAGCGACGGCAUGCCGCCUCUCCAGCUCGGUGGCCAACUCCGAGCCGUCGAAGCCGAGCAUGAACACCCCCGUGCCUGGCCCCGCCGCCAAGGAGUACAAGGCCAAGAUGGACAAGCUUCAUCAAACCGCCUCCCUGCGCACAUUUGUCGACUUCCACAAGAGCUUCGGCAACUACAUGGUUGACGUCGAUGGGAACAAGAUGUUGGACGUGUACACCCAGAUCUCAUCUCUACCCCUUGGGUACAACCACCCGGAUCUUGUGAAGGCGGCCAAGACCGACAAGUUUGUGACCUCCUUGGUCUCGCGUCCGGCCCUGGGCUCGUUCCCCCGUACCGACUACCCAGAUGGACUCCAGCACGCGUUAACCGACAUUGCUCCCAAGGGACUUAAGCUCGUCCAAACAAUGCUCUGCGGAACCUCGGCUAACGAGAAUGCUAUCAAGCAGGCUUUUAUUUGGUACAUGGCCCAACAGCGCGGUGGGCCCCCUGAUCAGAAGGCUUUGGACUCCUGCAUGAGCCAGCAGUUGCCAGGAACCCCGAAGCUCGCCGUCAUGGGAUUCGAGGGUGCUUUCCACGGCCGAUCGCUUUGCAUGCUCUCCGUGACGAGGAGCAAGGCCAUCCAUAAGGUCGACAUCCCGGCAUUCGAUUGGCCAAUUGCCAAGUUCCCCCGCUACAAGUACCCGCUCGAUCAGAACGUUGACUACAACAAGAAGCAGGACCAGGAGUGCAUUGCCGAUAUUGAGGCCAAGAUUUUGAGGUGGAAGAACGAGAAGGACACUCCUGUUGCCGCGCUCAUUGUCGAGCCGAUUCAGGCCGAGGGUGGUGACCACUACGGAAGCCCGACUUUCUUCCAGGGAGUCCGCGACGUCACCAAGAAACACGGUGUUGUCUUCAUCGUUGACGAGGUCCAAACUGGUGGCGGUUGCACCGGAACUGGAGAUAUGUGGGCCCACAGCCACUGGAACCUCUCAUCAGCUCCCGAUAUUGUGACCUUCUCCAAGAAGUUGCUGACAGGAGGAUAUUACUAUGCUGAUCACCUUAAGGUCCAGGAGGGCUACCGCAUCUACAACACCUGGGUCGGAGAUCCCACCAAGCUUUUCUUGCUUGAGGAGGUUGUGAAGGUGAUCAAGCGCGACGGUCUGAUCCAACAGAACGCCGAAGUUGGCAAGUACUUCCAGGGCAAGCUACGACAGCUUCAGGAUGACAACAAGGGUGUCCUGUUCAACGCCAGGGGUCUCUCCACAUUCGCGGCCGUUGAUUUUGAGACGGGCCCGAAGAGGGACAAAUUUGUGCAAGUUGCCACCGACCUUGGACUUCACUGCGGUGGAUGCGGCGAAAAGACAUUGCGCUUCCGCCCAUCCCUGGUCUACGAGAAGAAGCAUGCCGACCUCACCUUCGACAUCCUCUCCCAAGCCCUCAAGAAGUUC